AUGCCUAUCCCCACCGAACUGGUCGGCAGUCUUCCCCGGCCAGUGUACCUCCAACAGGCCUUUGCCGACUACGACGCCGGCAAGAUCUCCCGUGACGAGCUCAUCCAGGCCCAAGACCGAGCUGUCGAGGACUCGUUGAAGAACCUGGCCCGGACCGGUGAACUGUUAAUCACGGACGGCGAACAGCGGGCGAGUUCGUUCGCCACGUAUCCCAUCACCGACACGCUCGGGGGCACCGGUCUGUCGGACAACCUCGCCGCGGACGGCCAGUACUUUGCCAUCUUUGACGAUGGGCACCACAGGCAAUUGCCCCGCCUGGUCAGGGGCCCAUUCAAGUACAAGACCUACGCCUACGAGAACCUGAAGCGGUCGAUGCCGCUGGCCGGCGGGCACCCGAUGAAGCAGGCCGUCAUCGCGCCGUCCAUGAUGUACCUGCUGUACCCGCUCAACGGCACCGUCGAGGGAUACUCCCGCGAGGACUUUGAACGCGACGUCGUGGACGAGUGCGAGAAGGACAUCCGCGGCUGUUUCGCGGCCGGGGCGAAGCGUGUGUCGAUUGACUUCACCGAGGGGAGACUGGCGGCAAAGAAUGACGCGAGGAAUCCCUGGACGGGCGCCCACCUGCUGCAGAAGUUCAUCGACAUGAACAACCGUGUCCUCGACCGCUUCACGCCCGAAGAACGCAAGAACAUUGGCAUCCACACCUGCCCCGGCGGCGACUGCGACUCGGUGCACUCGGCCGACGUCGACUACCACGAGCUGCUGCCGUCGCUGUUCCAGAUGAACGCGGGCUACUUUCUGAUCCAGCUGGCGUCGGAGAAGAACAAGACGCGGGUGUACGAGGAGAUCGGGCGUACGAUCCGCAAAGACGCCCAGGGUGUCAAGCAGGUCGCCUUUGUCGGCGUCAUCAACCCACUCAACCCGGUGGUCGAGUCGCCGCAGCAGGUCUGUGACGCUCUCGUCGAGGCCGCCCAGUACAUCCCCACCGACCAGCUCGGCGCCACGGACGACUGCGGCUUCAGCCCCUUCAGCAUCGACGUCAAGCCCAAGCACAAGAACAACCCGGACUAUGCGCGCGAGGUUGCCUUCCAGAAGAUUGCCGCCCGCAUUGAGGGCGCGAGGAUGGCGAGCGAGCGGUUGGGGUUGUGA